UAUAUAUAUAUAUAUAUACGCGUCUGUCGCACCCUUUCGCUCUCGAGCGAUUUCCAUGUCAGGAGAAAGAGGCUUUUGGGAUGAUGAAUUAUGAUGAGCAGCAGAUUUUUGGAAGCUGAAUUGCUGCCGGCGGUCCGGUCCAUCCCCGCAGACGUCGCCGGGGGCUGCUGCUAGGCGGGAAGAGGGGUUGAUGGAGUGUUAUUCUCUGGCCGUCAGCGGGGUAAUUCCUUGCGGAUUGACUUCGUGAGGGGAAGGUUGUUGGAGACGGGAGAGAGGAAGUACCGCGGUGUGGGAGAGAUGUCGCCGAAGGCGAGGAAGAGGGGCGGGAAGAAGUGGAGCCCCAUCCCGUUGUGCGGCCGGGACGGCGGCGGGGCGGCCGAGAGUUCGGCGGGUUGCUACGAGGAGGUAACGGAGCACCUGUCGAGGGACGAGGGGAGCCAGUACAGCCUCACCGGCGGAGUCCUGCCGUCCCUCGGGGGCAACACCAACCGCCGGCACAAGCAGCUCCGCCGCUGGAUCAUCUCGCCCUUUGAUUACCGCUACAGAAUCUGGGAGGGAUAUUUGGUGAUUCUUGUGUACUACACAGCAUGGGUUUCUCCAUUUGAGUUUGGCUUUCUAGAGAAACCGCAGGGACCUCUUGCAAUAACUGAUAACAUCGUCAAUGGGUUCUUUGCCAUCGACAUCAUUUUGACCUUCUUCGUGGCUUAUAUGGAUAAAAGUACAUAUCUUCUUGUCGAUGACCCGAAGAAAGUUGCCUGGAGAUAUGCAAGAACUUGGCUGGUCUUCGACAUUAUCUCAACUAUCCCCUUUGAAGUUGUUAGAAGUAUUCUGCCUAGUGCGCUCCAACAAUAUGGCAUUUUUAACAUGCUUCGCCUUUGGCGUCUUCGAAGAGUUAGUGGCAUGUUUGCCAGGCUGGAGAAAGAUAAAGACUUCAACUACUUUUGGGUUCGGUGUGCAAAGCUUGUCUCUGUCACUCUUUUUGCUGUGCACUUGGCGGCCUGCUUCUACUACCUACUGGCUGCACGCUACAAAAACCCAGCAGACACAUGGAUUGGACUCUCCAUGGGGGCGAAUUUUCAAGAUAAAUCUCUCGGACACCGCUAUGUGACGUCAAUAUAUUGGUCCAUAACCACACUUACAACCACCGGAUAUGGUGAUUUGCACCCAGUAAAUUCGCAAGAGAUGAUAUUCGACAUAUUCUACAUGCUUUUCAACCUAGCUCUAACUUCUUAUAUUAUUGGGAAUAUGACCAAUCUUAUUGUCCACGGAACUAGCCGGACCAGAAGAUUUAGAGACACGAUUCAAGCAGCAUCGCAUUUUGCGCAUAGGAACCAGUUACCAAGUGGGCUGCAAGAGCAGAUGCUUGCUCAUCUAUGUCUGAAGUUUAGAACUGAUUCAGAAGGUCUGCAGCAGCAAGAGACCCUUGACUCCCUCCCUAAAGCUAUUAGAUCAAAUAUCUCGCGUUAUCUGUUUUAUUCACUAGUUGACCGAGUUUACCUGUUCCGUGGGGUAUCUAAUGACCUGCUUUUCCAACUGGUGGCGGAGAUGAAAGCAGAGUAUUUUCCUCCGAAAGAAGAUGUUAUCCUUCAGAAUGAAGCACCGACCGACCUGUAUAUCCUCGUCACAGGUGCUAUGGAAUUUAUUGUGAAUAGGAAUGGAAUGGAACAGGUUGUUGGUGAAGCGAAAAAGGGAGAUGUCUGUGGAGAAGUAGGGGUGCUCUGCUACCGUCCACAGGUUUUCACUGUCCGGACUAAACGACUGAGUCAGCUUCUUCGUUUGAACCGUACGUCGUUUUUAAACAUUGUCCAGGCAAAUGUUGGAGACGGAACAAUUAUCAUGAACAAUCUCCUUCAGCAUUUGAAAGAGAAGAGUGAAAGGGACCCAUAUAUGCAAGAAAUAUUCCAUGAGACGGAACAUAUGCUGGCUCGGGGAAGAAUGGAUCUGCCACUUAGUCUCUGCUUUGCUGCAAUGAGAGGCGACGAUCUACUGCUUAAUCAGCUGCUGAGACGGGGUUCAGAUCCGAACGAAGGUGAUGAUAGUGGACGAAGACCCCUGCACAUUGCAGCAGCAUCUGGAAGCGAACACUGUGUGACUCUCCUUCUAGAAUAUGGAGCUGAUCCUAAUAUGAAAGAUUCUGAAGGGAGCGUUCCCUUGUGGGACGCCAUAUUGGGUGGGCACAAAUCCGUGAUCAAACUCCUUGUGGAAAAUGGCGCGAUGAUAUCAAGCGGUGAUGUGGGCAGCUUUGCCGCCGCUGCUAUCGAGCAGAACAACCUGGAAAUCCUCAAAGAGAUUGUCAGAUAUGGUGGGGACGUGACCCUGCCCAACACUAACGGGACCACCCCACUCCAUUUGGCAGUUUCCGAAGGAAAUGUCGAUAUUGUAAGGUUCCUUUUAGACCAAGGGGCUGAUAUUGACAGGCUCGAUAUGAAUGGGUGGACCCCGCGGAACUUAGCAGACCACCAGGGCCACGAGGAAAUAGUUGAACUAUUCAAGAAUAUCAAGGAAGUGUCCCAGCCGCCAGUUCUUUCUUCUACUCAGAGCAAUCAGGGGUUCGGGCAGCAAAUAGGACAUGGGACUCCUCCAAAGAGGCCUGGAGGCAUGGCUUAUAUCACUAAGUACUCGAGCGAGCCCACAAUGCAUAUGCCUCGAGGAAAGUACUCGAGCGAUCCCUCGAUACCUCCUUUUAUUCAAGAGACCCAGCCUUCUGUUCCUGAGAGUAACUGGUCAGAAUCUCGAAGGAGACGAAAAGUGAACAAUUUUCAGAAUUCGCUGUUCGGGAUACUGCAGUCAGCAGUCAAUACAGGUGAGAGGGGCUCUAUUGCGUCUGGUGGUUAUACCCGUCCAAAUACGAGCAACUACGGUGCUAGAGUGACAAUCAGUUGCCCAGACAGGGGAGAAACUGCCGGUAAGCUGGUGCUAGUGCCACAGUCCCUUCAAGAACUGCUCCAGAUUGGUUACAGGAAAUUCGGGUGUAACUUCACCAAAAUCACAACCAAAGAAGGAGCAGAAGUUGAAGAUAUCGAGCUCAUUCGGGAUGGCGAUCACCUCAUUCUUGUCGAUGACAACUCAGGUCCUGCUCAAAGCUAUGAAACAGAGCCAAGAGGCAAGGACUAGAAGUUUAGAGUCGUUUCAUCUAAAUUUUGUCAUAGGUUGCACCGCCUCCGGAGUUUCUCAUCCUCCGAUUCUGUCCUCUAAUUUCCGAGGUCGUACAUUCUUUUCCAGUAGGUGGUGGUACUGCUGUAAAAUCAUUUUAUUGUAUACAAGGAACAAAAUACCGUGCUAACUUUCAUAAUGCCGAUCUGUGAACGUUGUACUAACCUGGCUAAUGCAUUAAAUGUCUCGAAAGGAUUAGGCUUGCA